GUGCAAAAGACGAGACCUGCCGCUGAUGCUAAGCGUUCGGCAUAUGCACGCUUCAAAAAUCUAUUCUCUUGCAUCCCUCUCACUACAACAGCUGACCGUCUGGAGCCGGAGCCGCUUGGAAUACUCUUAACAUUUAAAUUAMAACGGACUGCAUGGACAUACUAUUAUGAAAAUGUUGGCCUAUUCAAGUAUAUUUAUUUGUUCGUGUGCUAUUUGAAGCAAGCAAACUCUCCGAGAUGUACAUAACCAUUUUGUUUUAAAUCGAAAUUGGCCUUAAGCAAAAAGCAGAAAAUUCUAAUUCCUGCCAACUCUCAAUUUGUCCAUUGCAAAAAAAAAAGAAGAGAUUGUCGACAUCAAUAGGGUUUAUGUUAGAUUAAAUAGUCUAAGGCAAAAAGUAACUUGGUUUCAAAAAUAUAUAUUUUGCUUUUCGGAGGCACAUCAGAUUCCUUUCUCACAAUGGCCGAUGCUAGCGCAGAAUGUAACAUCAAAGUGCUAUGUCGCUUCCGUCCUCUGAAUCAGUCCGAAAUUAUCCGUGGAGACAAAUUCAUCCCCUCYUUCCAAGGAGAUGACACCGUCGGCAUUGCGGGGAAGUCCUAUGUGUUUGACCGGGUGUUCCCCACCGAAACAACACAGGAACAGGUGUACAACACCUGCGCCAAACAGAUAGUCAAAGAUGUACUCGGGGGAUACAAUGGCACCAUCUUCGCCUAUGGACAGACCUCCUCUGGAAAAACGCACACCAUGGAGGGCAAGCUGCAUGACCCUCAUGGGAUGGGGAUCAUCCCCAGAAUUGCAGAGGACAUCUUCAAUCACAUAUUCGCAAUGGAUGAAAACCUUGAGUUCCACAUCAAGGUGUCCUAUUUUGAAAUAUACAUGGACAAAAUCAGAGAUCUUCUGGAUGUCACUAAAACCAAUCUAGCAGUGCACGAGGACAAGAACAGGGUUCCAUAUGUGAAGGGCUGCACUGAGCGCUUUGUCUCCAGCCCAGAGGAGGUGAUGGAUGUUAUUGAUGAAGGAAAAGCCAACCGUCAUGUUGCUGUCACCAAUAUGAAUGAGCACAGCUCCAGGAGUCACAGUAUCUUCCUGAUCAACAUCAAGCAGGAGCACGUGGAGACAGAGCAAAAACUGUGUGGGAAGCUCUACCUGGUGGACCUGGCUGGGAGUGAGAAGGUCAGUAAGACAGGAGCAGAGGGAGCUGUGCUGGAUGAAGCUAAGAACAUCAACAAGUCUCUGUCUUCUCUAGGAAACGUCAUCUCUGCUCUGGCCGAGGGAACCAAGACCCAUGUACCAUACCGUGACAGUAAGAUGACCCGUAUCCUGCAGGACUCUCUAGGGGGGAACUGCAGGACCACAAUGUUUAUCUGCUGCUCUCCGUCCAGCUACAACGACCAGGAGACCAAGUCCACACUCAUGUURGGACAACGAGCUAAGACGAUCAGGAACACAGCGUCAGUGAAUCUGGAGCUGACGGCAGAACAGUGGAAGAAGAAGUAUGAGAAGGAGAAGGAGAAGAACAGGAUGAUGAAGGAGACGGUACAGAGGCUGGAGUCUGAGCUCAACAGAUGGAAGAUUGAUGAGGAGGACCCAGAGCUGGAUCAGUUGUGUCCUGGUGCUGUGCCUCUUGAGUGUCUGAUACCCAGAGAAGACAGUCUGGGUCGGCUCCCCAGAGAAGAGAGCUCCUCCUCCGGUCUGAGUCGGCUGCCUAGAGAAGACAGUUCCUCCUCUAUAGUGAUCAGGAUCUCAGAGGAGGAAAGACAGAAGUAUGAGGAGGAGAUACGCAAGCUCUACAAGCAGCUGGAUGACAAGGAUGAUGAGAUCAACCAGCAGAGUCAGCUGGCGGAGAAGCUGAAGGAGCAGAUGCUGGACCAGGAAGAGCUCCUGGUCUCCUCCCGUGGGGACAGUGAGAAGGUGUCAUCAGAGCUGGGCAGACUACAGAUGGAGAGUGACGUUGCCAAGGCGGAGGUGAAGGAGGUUCUACAGGCCUUAGAGGAGCUGGCUGUUAACUACGACCAGAAGAGCCAGGAGGUGGAGGAUAAGAGUCUACAGAACAAACUACUGGCUGAGGAACUGGCCAAGAAAAUGGCCCACUUGAUGCGAAUUGAGGCGGAGCUGUCUCGUCUACAGGAAGUGAGCGGUCAUCAGAGGAAACGCAUCGCUGAGGUUCUCAACGGCRUAAUGAGGGACCUCUCUGAGUUCAGUGCCAUCGUAGGCAACAAAGACAUCAAACUGCCGAUGGAAAUAACGGGUGCGAUCGAGGAGGAGUUUACGGUGGCCCGUCUCUACAUCAGUAAGAUCAAGUCGGAGGUCAAGUCCAUGGUGAAACGCUGUCGUCAGCUGGAGAACCUUCAGAUGGAGUGUCAUAGGAAGAUGGAGGAGACGGGAAGAGAGUUGUCCUCCUGCCAACUCCUCAUCUCACAGCAUGAGGCGAAGAUCCACUCCCUGACAGAGUACAUGCAGAACAUAGAGCUGAAGAACAGACAGCUGGAGGAGAACUACGACUCUCUGAGUGAAGAGCUGGCCAAACUCCAUGCACAAGAGAGCAUGUCAGAGGUGACAAAGGGAGAGAACCAGACGGACAUCGAGGAGUCUGCUGAUGUGAAGAGGGCUCUGGUGCAGCAGAUGGAGUCUCACCGUGAGACGCACCACAAGCAGCUGGGACGUCUCCGAGACAACAUCAACGAGAAACAGAAGAUCAUUGACGACCUCACUGAUCGCAACCAUCGUCUUCAUCUGGAGUUGGAGCGGCUGAGGAGCGACUUUGACCGUCUUAGGAGUCAGGAGCACCACAAGACGCUGCAACUGGAGGAGCUGACAUUUCUUCAUGAGCGCCACGAGCAGUCUAAGCAGGACCUUAAAGGACUGGAGGAGACUGUGGCUCGUGAACUCCAGACCCUGCACAACCUGCGGAAGCUUUUUGUUCAAGACCUCACAACUCGAGUCAAAAGGCAUUCAGAGAUGGAGCCAGAUGAUAGCGGGGGAUGUAGCCACCAGAAGCAGAAGAUCUCCUUUCUUGAGAACAACCUGGACCAGCUUACAAAAGUUCACAAACAGUUGGUACGUGAUAAUGCAGACCUGCGUUGUGAGCUUCCUAAGCUGGAGAAGCGGCUUCGGUCUACGGCUGAGCGAGUGCGGGCGUUGGAGGGUGCACUGAAAGAGGCUAAGGAGGGGGCCAUGAAGGACCGAAGACGCUAUCAACAGGAAGUGGAGAGUAUCAAAGACGUUAUGAGGGCCAAGAACCCCCUCCGUAGGCCACAUGCUGCCCAGAUAGCCAAGCCCGUCCGUCCGGGCCAGUUCCCACUCUGCUCCCCCACCAACCCGUGGGUUCGCAUUACUGAACAGCAACACUCCAUCCAUUUUAGUAACGCCAUGUUCCAGAUCCCCAGCCAGACAGCUAGCCAUCACACCAGCCACCCUGCUGCUCCCCCAGCUACAGCAUCUAACUCCAACCCCACCCAGACCAACAAUCACCACUCCAAUGAGACCAGCCUCCAUCAGACCAAUACGCUGCCAGCUGAGCCACCCAACACCACCACAGUGGACAACGGCACAGUAAAGGACACCACAGUGCAGAAGACUACAGUGGAUAACCCAGCAGUGGACAAUGCCGCCACAGUAGAUCAUUCUCCAGUGAAGCACCCUACAGAGAAGAACACUACAGAAAAGGGCUCUUCAUUGAAGGACCCUACAGUCAACUCUACAGAACUGGUAGAUGUGGACAGUGUCAACGGUAAGGGAACACUAGAGAUAUCAAUGACAACAGGAAUGAUGUGCAGCACUGCGACAACCACAACCAGGAGAAGCCAACCAAACUGCACCACGUCAUCCAGCCAGAACAGACUGCCAGCUAGUGACCCAGCUCGAUAGGUGUCCGGUUCUGCCAAGACUUACCUCGUAAAUUCGCAUGCUGCGGAUCAACGGCCCCCUGAUCACCCCUCUUCAUCCCCCUAUCCUCCGCCCCUCUUUCCCAGUAACACCAACUCUCUUCCUCCCUCUGUAGAACUCUCUGUAGCCCUCCACCCUCUCCCUUUCUCCACCUUCUCCCCUCUUCCUCUCCUGCUUGCUAUCCGCCUGUCUACUCUCUUGAACCAUUUGUCCAAUACUUUGUAGGUGAUAUGAAUAUAACGUACUGUACUAUGUGGGUAUGGGGGUAUGUAUAGUAGACCUACUGUAUGGAUUAUGUAUACAAAGGAACCAUGGCAGCAUAGAAAACUCUGUAACUGAACUACUAGGCUUAGGUCCCAAAUGGCACCCUAUUCCCAUAGGGCUCUGGUCAAAGGUAGUGGACUAUAAAGGGAGUAGGGUGCCAUUCGACACACAACCUAGAAUUGGCAGCUUCCUCUUCCUCUAAGCCCUUACUAUUCCUCUGACCCGGUUGGAAUGAAUUGAAGCUGUACUAGCCAAUGAGGAUUGGAGCGUGAUAGGGUGCAGUGUUCUGUGUGGCACUAGGGCGCGCUCAUCCUGCUUUUCUCCGUCUAGGAGGUACAGUACAUUGCGAGGGUAAACGACGAGACAUGAUCCUUUUCGGCUCUUUUGGCCUUUUCUGUACCUAUAUCAAAAAUAGAGUAUAUAAGCUUAAUACCUCUAUUCAACACAAAGAGAAUCGGUUGGAAAAUAGACAACAACCGAAACUAACAACCGCCUUGCAAUUGGAYAUUGGAUCGAAGUAAUACGCGCGCGCAGAGCACGGCAAAGUCUUAAUUUAAAAGUGAACAUAUUCAUACAUGACCACUUUUCACUCUAUUCUAUUCAUGUGUAUAGAAGUAUAUACAACAUGGAUGUAUAUAUGCACCCCAUUAAGGUUGAUUUUGUAUCGGACAAGUAUUUUAKACCGCUGACUGAUGUCAUAGUAAUAAUGAUACUGUAGGCCUAGUUGCUAACCGAGCAGGUUAACAUAGCAGACAGCUGUUUAUUUAACUUCCACAAUACCAUAAAGACAACAGAUGACUUCCUUCUCUUCCUUAUGGCCGCUUGAGUAGUCAGGCCCAGAGCCAUACAUUUACUUAUUUUGUAAAUAUGACACUGGUCAGGCCUAGCGUGGUUGGAGACUUCUGAACAGUACUGUAGGUAGAGGGCAGAUCAAGAUUACUGUGCUAGUGGCAGUGUUUUUUGUAAAUGCCWUGAGAAACUCAGAUAGAGCUUACAGCAGCUUCACACUCAGAGUAAAUAGCUGAUGAGUGUGGAUGAGUUAGAUCACAGGUCAUACACAAACUUCCUCCAGCAGGUUCAUUGUUGUACUUGUAUGUGUGUAUAUUAUCCUGUCUAUAGAAUAACAGCAACUACAGUCAGACGCAAGCAUGUCUAUCUAUGCCGGACGCUCCAACCAAGCCCUCCGAGGCUUGCUUUCAGAGUAAUGCAUGCGUUAAUGUAUGCUUACUAAUGCAGUGACUCUAAGGUUUUCAUCAAAUAGGUUAUCUGCUAUGAUGCAAACUACUAGUGUAGGAAAAGUCUGGUC